AUUAGCAUUAACAUUUUAAUUGUGCGUUACUUUAUUCUAAAUAUGAAAUAACUUUCACGUACCUCUGUUGGCACUUCAGAGAACUUGUAUCCGUAUUACCAUUCGUGACGUUUUGAAGUAGUUUACGCUGAAGAAAAUAACAAUUGGUUUUUAUAUGAACACUUGUGAUUAAGGAUAUAAUAUUUAAUUCAUCAUGGGAAAACGACAACAUCAGAAAGACAAAAUGUACCUUACAUACACAGAGUGGACAACACUGUAUGGAGGAAAGAGAACGGGCCCAGAAACAUCCAGUUUUCGGAGAUUACCAUUUGACCAUUGUUGUUUAUGUCUACAGCCCUUUGAAAAUCCAUAUUGUGACAAGCAGGGAAACAUUUUUGAACUUCAAGCAAUUGUUGCAUACUUGAAGAAAUUUAAAACUAAUCCUGUAACAGGAGAGCCUCUUGAAGCAAAGAACUUGAUAAAACUGAAUUUCCAUAAGAAUGCUAAAGAAGAAUACCAUUGCCCUGUUCUGUUUAAGUCAUUUACCAAAAAUUCUCAUAUAGUGGCAGUUGGGACUACUGGAAAUGUAUUUUCUUAUGAGGCUGUUGAAGAACUAAAUAUAAAGACAAAGAAUUUCAUAGAUCUCUUGAAUGAUGAAGCUUUUCAACGAAAAGACUUGAUUACACUUCAGGAUCCUAACAGCAUUGAGAAGUUCAAUCUGUCAACAUUUCAUCAUUUGAAGAAUAAUCUUAAAGUUGAAAAUGAAGUACCUGAGAAAGAUACUGCUGGAAAUCUUAAAUCUGUAUCAAUGGAAACAAGAGAGAUUUUGGAAGAGUUGAAUAGAGAUUACAAAAUUCCAGAUGUCAAGGAAGAAGAAAAGAAAGUUGCUGACAAAUUCAAUGCUGCUCAUUACUCAACUGGAGCUGUGGCUGCAGGCUUUACAUCAACAGUACUUGCUCCGCAAACAAAACAUGAAGCCGCUAUUGUUGAAGAGGAUCUAGUCCGAUAUGAGAGAGUCAAGAAGAAAGGAUAUGUCCGAUUGGUUACUAAUUUUGGACCCCUAAACUUGGAACUGUAUUGUGAUAUGUUGCCCAAGACCUGUGAAAAUUUUCUUAAAUUGGCUCAGAGGGGCUAUUAUGAUGGUGGGAAGUUUCAUCGGUCCAUCCGUAACUUUAUGAUUCAAGGUGGUGACCCAACUGGUACUGGUGAAGGGGGUGAAUCAAUUUGGGGGAAACCUUUUGAAGAUGAGUUCAAACCAAACUUGACUCAUAGUGGUAGAGGUGUACUGUCUAUGGCAAAUUCUGGACCAAAUACGAAUCGGUCUCAGUUCUUCAUCACAUUCCGAUCAUGUCGUCAUUUGGAUGGGAAGCAUAGUAUUUUUGGGCGUGUUGUGGGAGGCCUAGAUACACUUACAUCCAUGGAACGAGUUGAAACAGACAACAAAGACAGACCAAUAGAAGACAUUAUUGUGGAGAAAGCACAAGUAUUUGUUGACCCCUACCAAGAAGCUGAUGAACAGUUAAUGGCUGAAAGGGCAGAAGAAGCAAGGAGGAAAGCUGCUGAAGAGGAAACAGAAAGUAAGAAACAACUAUCUCGAGGCGGAAAUGGACAGCUUAAAGUGUUCCGGUCUGGAGUGGGUAAAUAUGUCAAUAUGGCAGGAAGUUGUGAAGCUCUUCCAGAACCUGCUGUGAAGAAGCGAAAGAAUACUGGGUAUGAGUUUGGUAAUUUCAGUAGCUGGUGAAAUGUAAAGUAUAUUCUGUGCUUGUAAAUACUACACAGGUGUAUGAAUAUUGAGUAAUAUCUUAAUUAUAUAUAUAUUAAAACACA